AUGACCAGCCAGAAGUCAAAGCCGGGGACAACGCCCAUGCCGGCCAAAGGUUUGGACGAAGAUGCGCCUUAUAUUAUUGAGUCAUAUCAAAGCUCGGAUGGGCAGUAUUCUGCCCCCCAGGCGCCACCGUCAUACACGUAUUCAAGAGAUCCGCGACCACCUUCCCAGCCACGAUCAUGGGACGAGGCUGCUCGUGCGAAGACCAUGCCCAUCAACCCUUCUGAACCGCGCUCGAUAGGUCAUGUGUAUGUGGAUGUGGACGAAGAAACUCAAGAAUUCGGUCUGGGUGGCACACCCUCUACCAUGCCGGGCUCGUUAAACUCAACGAUCACAGGAUAUGCGACCGGGCUUGGAUGGGAGCUCAGCAAAUUGUGCGCACUGGCGUAUAUUCUCCCACCCUUCUCUAGCGUGCUGCUGCUUGUUUUUGAGACUACCAAUGGUUUGGCGGUGCCGCUGUGA